GGCACUUCCGGUUAGCGUCACGACGUGACCUAGACACUCUGGCGCCAAAAUGUCUCUCGUAGCGGGAGUUAUCCGGCGGCUGGACGAGACAGUGGUGAACCGCAUCGCGGCGGGUGAAGUUAUCCAGCGGCCGGCUAAUGCAAUCAAGGAGAUGAUUGAGAACUGUUUAGAUGCAAAAUCCACAAGUAUUCAAGUGGUAGUUAAAGAGGGUGGCCUGAAGCUCAUUCAGAUCCAAGACAAUGGAACUGGGAUCAGGAAAGAAGACCUGGAUAUUGUGUGUGAGCGAUUCACUACAAGUAAACUGCAGUCCUUUGAGGAUUUAACUCAUAUUUCUACCUAUGGCUUUCGGGGUGAGGCUUUAGCCAGCAUAAGCCAUGUGGCUCACGUUACUAUUACAACCAAAACAGCUGAUGGAAAGUGUGCAUACAGAGCAAAUUACUCAGAUGGAAAGCUGAAAGCCCCUCCUAAACCCUGUGCAGGCAAUCAAGGGACCCAGAUCACGGUGGAGGACCUUUUUUACAACAUAUCCACGAGGAGGAAAGCUUUAAAAAAUCCAAGUGAAGAGUAUGGGAAAAUUUUGGAAGUUGUUGGCAGGUAUUCAAUACAUAAUUCAGGCAUUAGUUUCUCGGUUAAAAAACAAGGCGAGACCAUCGCUGAUGUUAGAACACUGCCCAAUGCCACAACAGUGGACAAUAUCCGCUCCAUCUUUGGAAAUGCUGUUAGUCGAGAACUGAUUGAAGUUGGAUGUGAGGAUAAAACCCUUGCUUUCAAGAUGAGUGGCUACAUAUCUAAUGCAAACUACUCAGUGAAGAAGUGUAUCUUCUUACUCUUCAUCAACCACCGUCUGGUAGAGUCAGCUUCCUUAAGAAAAGCCAUAGAAACAGUGUAUGCAGCAUAUUUGCCUAAAAACACACACCCGUUCCUGUAUCUCAGUUUAGAAAUCAGCCCCCAGAAUGUGGAUGUCAAUGUGCAUCCCACAAAGCAUGAAGUUCACUUCCUGCACGAGGACAGCAUUCUGGAGCGGGUGCAGCAGCACAUUGAGAGCAAACUCCUGGGCUCCAACUCCUCCCGGAUGUACUUCACCCAGACUUUACUACCAGGUCUUGCUGGCCCCUCUGGGGAGAUGGUUAAAUCCACAGUGCCUGUGACCCCCACAUCUGCUUCGGGAAGUGACAAGGUCUAUGGUUACCAGAUGGUCCGGACAGAUUCCCGUGAGCAGAAGCUCGAUGCCUUUCUGCAGCCUGUGAGCAAGGCCCUGUCUAGCCAGCCUCAGAACACUGCCCCAGAAGACAGGGCAGAUGCUGCCGGCAGAGCUGUGCCGCAGGAUGAGGAAAUGCUUGAACUCCCAGCUGCUGCUGAAGAGGCUGCCAGGAAUCAGGGCUUGGAGGGGGAUGCAACAAAGGAGACUUCAGAUACGUCGGAGAAGAAAGGGUCUCCAUCCAGUCUGGGCAACCCCAGAAAGAGACAUCGGGAAGGCUCUGAUGUGGAAAUGGUGGAAGAUGAGUCCAGAAAGGAAAUGACAGCGGCCUGUACCCCCCGGAGGAGGAUCAUUAACCUCACCAGUGUUCUGAGUCUCCAGGAAGAAAUCAGUCAGCGGGGACAUGAGACUCUUCGGGAGAUGCUGCACAACCACUCCUUCGUGGGCUGUGUGAAUCCACAAUGGGCCCUGGCACAGCAUCAGACCAAGUUAUACCUUCUCAACACCACCAAACUCAGUGAAGAGCUGUUCUACCAGAUACUCAUUUAUGAUUUUGCCAAUUUUGGAGUUCUGAAAUUAUCGGAGCCAGCACCACUCUUUGACCUUGCCAUGCUCGCCUUAGAUAGUCCUGAGAGUGGCUGGACGGAGGAAGAUGGUCCCAAAGAAGGACUUGCUGAAUAUAUUGUUGAGUUUCUGAAGAAGAAGGCUGAGAUGCUUGCAGACUACUUCUCUUUGGAAAUCGAUGAGGAAGGGAACCUGAUUGGUUUACCCCUUCUGAUUGACAACUAUGUACCUCCUCUGGAGGGUUUGCCUAUCUUCAUUCUUCGACUAGCCACGGAGGUGAAUUGGGAUGAAGAAAAGGAAUGUUUUGAAACCCUCAGUAAAGAAUGUGCUAUGUUUUACUCCAUUCGGAAGCAGUAUAUAUCUGAGGAGUCAACCCUCACAGGCCAGCAGAGUGAAGUGCCUGGCUGUACUCCAAAGCCUUGGAAGUGGACUGUGGAACAUGUUGUCUAUAAAGCCCUCCGCUCACACCUUCUACCACCUAAACAUUUCACAGAAGAUGGAAAUAUCCUGCAGCUUGCUAACCUGCCGGACCUAUACAAAGUCUUUGAGAGAUGUUAAGUAUAUGGUCUCCUGUAGACUUGGGUGUUUCGUUUUCCUUUACAUUCUGAUGUUGGCUGGAGACUCACAUUUGCCUUCCAAUUAGUUAGUCCUCCUUUGUGCAUGAAGGAGUUGAUAUGAAUAAAACUGUCAGUCAGAUGUACCCUAAUAUGAUUUCUUCAAUUUUACUACAUUUGAAGUGCUUCUAGAUCAACUUUUACAUAGUGAAUACAUGACAGUGUUGAAGAACCCCAAAAGUAGUUUGAAAGCCAUCUGGGCAUCUAAAAAGGCUUCCUUGAAGAUUUCAUAGAGCACACUCUGAUUUGAUUCUUUAUUAUGAUAAAUUUCUAAUACCAUGUGGUACAUGUUAUGUUGGUUCAAGUGCUUUUAAAAGAGAUCUUGAACUUGUAAGAGACUCUGAUGACACUGACUGUGGAGAAAGCUGAACUGGCAAUCUAAAAGUACCAUCAACAACUAGUGGAAAAACCUUGGGAGAAGGAACAGUCUUUUACCCAGUCAAAGUGGUGCAUUUGGUUAAUGGCAAUGAAUAUGAAUACUUUCUGCUUAAGAUAAAGAAACCUCUAUGUAUUCUUGUUUGAAGGAUGAUGUAAAAAUAAGUAUUUAAACUAUGCCAUUAAAAUGAGCUACCUUAGUAUUAGCCUGCAUUAACACAUGUGCAGUGAGCACAGGAGGAAUGCUGGUAGUUUUGAGGUAAAAUUUAGAUUAGAAUACUCUGAACAAAAGUCUGUGGAUAAGAAUAGAAAGCUACUGAAAAAGAAGCCAUUCUACUUCAAAAAGACAGGGACAACAUAAAGGAAGACUUUCUCUUUACCUCAAGAAAGGCAAAAAUUAGGUUCCAAAAAGUAGACCAGGGCAUCUCAGAAAUGAGAUUUCACAAGCCCAGGAGAAGCACAGGCUAAGUGAACGAGAGUGGAGAGAGGAAGGGGGUU